GAAUUGGUUCUUUCUGAGACUCAUCAGAACAUUUCCUAUAAAAUCUGACCUUGCUACAGACUCGUGAAUAAGACCCAGACCUCUGGAAACCACCUCAUCAGACCUGGGAGUCUGAGAGCAGCAGGUGCUGAACCUGAAUUUUUUUCCCUGCGUAAGAGAAUGGGCUGUGACCGCAACUGUGGGCUCAUCGCGGGCGCUGUCAUCGGGGCAGUGCUCGCCCUGCUGGGGGGCAUUCUGAUGCCCGUCGGAGACAUGCUGAUUGAGAAGACAAUCAAGAAGGAAGUUGUACUUGAAGAAGGUACAAUUGCUUUCAAAAAUUGGGUUAAAACAGGCACAGAAGUUUACAGACAGUUUUGGAUCUUUGACGUGCAAAAUGCACAGGAAGUGGUUGCGAACAGCAGCAAAAUUAAGGUUAAACAAAGAGGUCCUUACACAUACAGAGUUCGUUAUCUAGCCAAAGAAAAUAUAACUCAUGACACUGAGAACCACUUAGUCUCUUUUGUCCAGCCCAACGGUGCCAUCUUUGAACCUUCACUAUCUGUUGGAACAGAAGAUGACACUAUGACCGUUCUCAAUCUGGCUGUAGCAGCUGCACCCCAUCUCUAUCCAAAUGCAUUUGUUCAAGUGGUACUCAAUUCACUUAUCAAAAAGUCAAAAUCGUCUAUGUUUCAAAAUAGAACUGUGAAAGAGCUCUUGUGGGGCUACACAGAUCCAUUCUUGAGUUUGGUUCCAUACCCUGUUAACACAAAAGUUGGUGUGUUUUAUCCUUACAACAACACUGUCGAUGGAGUUUAUUCAGUUUUCAGUGGGAAAGACAACGUAAGCCAAGUUGCCAUAAUUGACACUUACAAAGGUAAAAAGAAUCUCUCCUAUUGGCCAAGUUAUUGUGACAUGAUUAAUGGUACAGAUGCAGCCUCAUUUCCACCUUUUGUAGAGAAGACACGAGUAUUGCGUUUCUUUUCCUCUGACAUUUGCAGGUCAAUCUAUGCUGUGUUUGGAGCUGAAAUUAACCUGAAAGGAAUUCCUGUCUAUAGAUUUGUUCUUCCAUCCAUGGCCUUUGCAUCUCCACUUCAAAAUCCAGAUAAUCAUUGUUUCUGCACAGAAAAAGUUAUCUCAAAUAACUGCACAUCAUAUGGUGUGCUAGACAUUGGCAAAUGCAAAGAAGGAAAACCUGUGUAUAUUUCACUUCCUCAUUUUCUACAUGCAAGUCCUGAUAUUGGAGAACCUAUUGAAGGCUUAAGUCCAAAUGAAGAUGAACAUACCACAUACUUAGAUGUUGAACCUAUAACUGGAUUCACUUUACGAUUUGCAAAACGGCUGCAAAUCAACAUAUUGGUCAAGCCAGCAAAAAAAAUUGAAGCAUUAAAGAAUCUGAAGCGAAACUACAUUGUACCUAUUCUUUGGCUUAAUGAGACUGGUACCAUCGGUGAUGAGAAGGCAGCACAGUUCAGAAAACAAGUGACCGGAAAAAUAAACCUCCUUGGCCUGGUAGAAAUCAUCUUACUCACUGUUGGUGUGGUGAUGUUUGUUGCUUUUAUGAUUUCAUACUGUGCAUGCAGAUCAAAGGGAAAAAGAUAAGCAGUAAAUGAGAUUUAACCUUUAAUGUACCAGCUACGACAGGACCUGUGUUACUAUUGGCCUACAAGAUAAAGACUUAAUAUGCUUUAUUUUUACAAAACACACCUUAUCUUCUAGUUGAAGAAAUGGUGGCAUUAUUUUUUUUGCACUAAACAGCAGCAUAUUUCUAAAGGAUUUUAAGAUGUUGUUAAAAUCCAUACUUUGAACACAAAUAUGGAACCUUUUAAAAUUCCUCAUGUGCACCAUCGAAUUGAUUUCAGUUUCUAUAGACCUGGCUCAAGCAUGAACCAACUGCUUUUAUUUGGUACUGAUUUACUAACUGGUUCCCUGGUGGCAAAUUCAGCAGAGUGGACAUUCUCAACAAAUCUUGGACCCAGAACUCCUGUCUUUUUUAUCAAGGGAAGACAACAGUAUCCCUGUUCACUUGCAAUAGACGGACUCCAGGACUGUCAGUACACUACAUCUCAUGAGCACUGACUGUUUUGAAAGACAUUUAAGAAUGGAAAAGAAAUGAUUGGCCUAGGAGUCAUUCAUUAUAUAUUACUCAAGUCUCUCUCUCUGUGGAAUCCUUCACACAGCAACAGCAAGCAUUGUAACCAUUU